AUGCUACUGCUCUGGGGGUCGCUGCUGUGCUGGGGGCUGCUGCCCCAGACCCGAGGGGAGGCCCAGCACCUGCUCUUCCAGAGGAUCAGCAAGGAUCAGCUGGAAACAGACAUUUCAGACCUGUUCUUGGAGCACCACGUGCUGGAUCGCAUGGCCAAGAUGCCCGUGACAGGGGCCGCGGGUGAAGGAGUCGCCAUCCUGGACCACCUGCCCUUCGUCAGAGAAGACCUCUCCAAGAAGAGCAGUGGCCUAGACCUGUCGCUCGUUGAGGACUUGUUCUCUGGGAAGGAACUGCCUUUGCUGAGGGAGCUGAUCAGGGCAGGCGGGUUGGUCAUAGAAGAUGCCAAAGGCCCUGAGGUCACCCUGCAAAUCCUGAGUGACAGCCUGAUGCAGGUCACACUGCGCAGCAAACUGUACCUCUCACUGCAGGGGAUCCUGAGGCUCAAAGUCAUCAAGAACAUCCGCAUUGGGGCACGGCUGGAACAGACAGGGAACAAGACCGAGGUGGCCUUUGAAGAGUGCCACACCUCACCAGGAUACCUGAGCAUCAAGGUUCUGGAGGAGAUGGACACCCUGCUGGUGAACAAAGCCCUGGAGUUGGUGACUAGUGUCUUAGAUGAGGCAUUGCCUUUCCUCUUGCAGAAAAUAGUGUGCCCCCUGGCCACAACCCUGCUCAACUCACUGCUGGAAGACCUGCUGCACUGCACUCUGCCCCCAAACAUUUCGGACCCAGACGACUUUCAGUAUUAUGUCACCACCACAGAGCUCACGGAGGAGGCCAUCCUGAUGAAAGUCCAGCUCAAGACACCCUGUUGCCCAGGCCAGAGAACCCCAUGGCCUGACAACCUGUCCCCUGAGCCCCUCCCAAAAUUAGCCCAGGGCAGCAUGGCAGACCUAGCCUUUUGGCAAGAAGUCUACAAUGAUAUCCUGUCCUGCCUCUACACCAGUGAAGUGAUCCACGUGGACACCCAAGACUCCAUGGCUGUCGACCUCAUUCAGCUGUUGCUGCUGAGAGAGCUGGAGCCCAAACACAAGACUUCUAAUUGGUCCAGAGAAAACCUAGGACUGACCAUCAGUACCCCGGAUCCUCCCACCAUCCACCUUGACAACCACAGGGCCACAGUCACCCAGCCUGGCUCACUGGUAUUGCUGGGGCCCGGCAACACUUUCUCUGCUUCUGUUUCCUGGAAACUCCAUUCAGAGGCUGUGUUUUCCUCAAGAAACCGGAAAUUAAGUAUUCAGCUCAAUCCAGACAGCACCACAAUCACCCUGGGCCCCUACCCUGCUGACCUCAUGAAACAGGAAGAACACCUGAAGGCCUCUCUCUCAGAGCUUCUGAAGAGCAAGUUUUUGGCCAAGUACAACGAACGGCUCAGAAAACAAGACCUCCCUCUGCCCAACAUCAAGGGCAUCUCCUUUGACCAGGCCCAUAUGGACUUUUCUGAGCACUCCUGGAUAUGA